UAAACUCACUGCAUCUGCAAAGGGAGUGUAUCUGCCAUCCCUUCCCCCAUCCCCACCACCAUCAUCACCGCCGGACCAGUGAACACCAGGCUCGGUACAUCAUUUCACCGUUAUGGCAAAUGAAUUCCCAGAAAACAGAGAAAGAACUGCCAACUCACGCCAUGCCAACAUCACGUCGUCUCUAGACCUGAGCACGUCUCUAGACCACAGUGUGCAGACGCGGAUUUUUAAAAUCAUUGUCAUCGGGGACUCAAAUGUGGGUAAGACCUGUUUAACCUUCCGCUUCACCGGCGGAGCCUUCCCCUGCAAGACUGAAGCCACCAUCGGCGUGGAUUUCAGGGAGAAAGCUGUGGAAAUCGAGGGCGAGAAAAUAAAGGUACAAGUAUGGGACACAGCGGGCCAAGAGCGCUUUCGGAAGAGCAUGGUGGAGCACUACUACCGCAAUGUGCAUGCUGUGGUAUUUGUGUAUGACGUCACAAAAAUGGCCUCAUUCCAGAACCUAAAGACCUGGAUUCAGGAGUGUAACGGGCACGGGGUGUCAUCCUCAGUCCCUCGAGUUCUGGUGGGAAACAAAUGCGAUCUAUUUGACCAUAUCCAGGUCCCUUCCAACACUGCCCUUAAGUUUGCAGAUUCCCAUAACAUGCUACUGUUUGAAACAUCAGCCAAAGAUCCCAAGGAGAGCCAGAACGUGGACUCCAUUUUCAUGUGCCUGGCAUGUCGUCUAAAAGCCCAAAAGUCCCUGAUCUACAGAGACGUGGAGAGAGAAGACGGCAGAGUGAGGCUGACGCAUCCGCCCGAUCCUAAGAGUACCUGCCCAUGCUGAGGACCUUAAACUGUGGAAUUAUUAUCAUUGAUGAUAAUUCAGUGCAAGAAUGUGCCUGCAACUAAUUUUAGUUACUUUACGCCAUGAACUAUCCCUGUUUCUGUGUGUGUGCGUGUGUGCUUAUCUUACAUGUUGUUGUUGUUUUUCUAUGGUUUUCUUUUUUUUUUCAAUUACACCAUCACUAAAAGGCAAAUCCCACAAAACCAGUCAAGAAUAUGUCCGGGUUGUAUUUCAUCUCAAAAUCAAAGGAAAGAAAUGAGAAAUAAAAUAAUGCCACCUUUCCAUUGUUACAUUAUUGUCAUGACAAUUAAGCACAUUUCC